CGAGAAGCCCCCCCAAAAAACCUGGACGAAAAAGAAGGAGUCGCUCGAUGUCUUCUGGACAAUUGACCCUCAGGCUUGCACCAUGAAGUACGUCCCUUCACCACAAGCCCUGCGCUGGCUGCAGACGCUGGCACGGAGCCAAAGCCUGGCUACGCGUCCUGCCCGUCUCCCUCGAACAUACACCCCUUUCCUCCGCGCGGGCGCCAGCAGCAGACACUUCCACGCGACGGCCCAAUUAGACAGGAUAGAAACACACACGCUCUCAGACAUUGGCGAAGGGGUGAAAGAGGUACAGAUCAUCCAGUGGUUCGUGGAAGAGGGGGCCCCGAUCGAGGAAUGGAGCCCGCUGUGCGAGGUGCAGAGCGACAAGGCCUCGGUCGAAAUCACCUCCAAGUACAGCGGUGUGAUCAAGAAGAUCCAUUUCCCGCAGGAUGCCGUCGUGCAGGUGGGUGACGCGAUGCUCGACAUCGAGGUGGAAGGGGAUGAAGACGAACCACAACAAGAGGAGGUGGAACCCCCCGCCGCUCCGGCUCAGGACGAUCCGGGCAAGGUCGCGGCUGAGGAGCAGGCGGCAGAGGGUGGUGGUGACAGAGUCGUUUCGCCCAAGGAGCAAGACACGUCGGCUCCUCCUCCUUCUACUGCAGCGCCCAAAGCACUAGGCAAAUUCGCCUCUCUGGCCACUCCAGCCGUCAGGGGAAUGUUGAAGGAGCACGGAAUCGCGAUUGAAGACAUCACGGGCACAGGCAAGGACGGCCGCGUGUUGAAGGAGGAUGUGCAGCGAUAUCUCGAGCAACGCUCGGCUCAAGCUCCCGCUGCCGCUGCUGUUGCACCCGCAUCAUUUGCACCAUCGAAGCCCAGCAUCGAAACGAAGCAGACCGAGACCGCGCAGAGGCUGACGCCGAUCCAGGCAGCCAUGUUCAAGAGCAUGACGGGAUCCCUGAGCAUCCCGCACUUCCUGUACUCGGACACGAUCGACAUCACAAACCUGGCGUCGAUGCGGAGGCGCUUGAACGCCGCGCGCGACCCGGCGGCGACGACCCCCAAACUCUCGUACCUCCCGUUCAUCGUCAAGGCCGUGUCGCUGGCGAUGACCCAGUACCCGCUGCUGAACGCGCGGCUGGACCUGGCCAGCGACGCCAAGAAGCCGCAGCUGAUGAUGCGGUCGGUGCACAACGUCGGGAUCGCCAUGGACACGCCCAACGGGCUGGUCGUGCCGGUGGUCAAGGCCGUCAACGGGCGGUCCAUCGCGUCCGUCGCGCAGGAGAUCCAGCGGCUGGCGCAGCUCGGGCAGGCGGGCAAGCUCGGCAGCGACGACCUCACCGGCGGCACCAUCACGGUCAGCAACAUCGGCAACAUCGGCGGCGAGGUCGUGGGCCCCGUCAUCAUCGAGGGCCAGCUCGCCAUCAUGGGCAUCGGCAAGGUCAAGACCGUGCCCGUCUUCGCCGAGGACGGCGUGACCGUCAGGCCCGCGCAGACGGUCAACCUGAGCUGGAGCGCGGACCACAGGGUCGUCGACGGCGCCACAAUGGCCCGGAUGGCGCAGGUGGUGCAGAAAUAUCUCGAGGAGCCGGGGACAAUGGUUGUCGAUAUGAGCUAAUAAAAAAAAGGAAUAGAUUAUAUCCUUGAGCUUUUUGGGGGGGUUGAAAACGUCUGUGAUACGUAAAAUAUCUUUUACAACGUUAGUAUUUAAGAUCAAGACGCCGAAGCUCCCACGAGGGCUAAUGUCAUGGUUGUUUCAAGCAAAAUAGUAUGGUAUAUUAUCGGAAAAUGUCUCUAGCUGAUCAACUUGGCGUUCAUGCCCACAAUGCACCGGAC